AUCAUCCCGAAAUUUCAGACACGUGCCUGUGCUCUGCAAGUUUUAUCUGCCAUCUUGGAAGGCUCAAAGCAAUUUCUUUCUGUUGCUGAAGAUACCAGUGACCACAGAAGGGCUUUUACCCCCUUCUCUGUAAUGAUCGCUUCCAGCAUUAGAGAGUUGCACAGAUGUCUUUUGUUAGCUUUGGUGGCAGAGUCAUCCUCACAGACCCUUACUCAGAUAAUUAAGUGCCUUGCAAAUUUAGUAUCAAAUGCACCUUAUAAUCGUCUAAAACUCAACCUGCUGACCAAAGUCUGGAACCAGAUAAAGCCUUAUAUUCGCCACAAAGAUGUUAAUGUUCGCGUGUCAAGUCUCACACUCUUGGGAGCUAUAGUGUCCACCCACGCACCUUUACCUGAAGUCCAGCUACUUCUGCAACAGCCAUGUUCUUCUGGACUCGGUAAUAGCAAUUCAGCAACCCCUGACCUCAGCCCUCCGGAUUGGUGGAAGAAAGCCCCUGCAGGACCCUCUCUGGAAGAAACAUCAGUUAGCUCACCUAAGGGGUCUUCAGAGCCCUGCUGGCUCAUUCCACUCUGCAUUUCCAUUGUCGUACUGCCCAAGGAGGAUUCCUGUUCAGGUAGCGAUGCUGGCUCUGCAGCAGGAAGUGCCUACAAACCAUCCCCCAUGCGACUGGAGGCCUUACAGGUAUUGGCUCUUCUGGCAAGGGGCUACUUUUCAAUGACUCAAGCCUACUUGAUGGAGCUUGGAGAGGUGAUUUGCAAGUGCAUGGGGGAAGCAGAUCCAUCCAUUCAGCUUCAUGGAGCAAAGCUUCUGGAAGAACUGGGCACAGGCUUAAUACAGCAAUAUAAACCGGAUUCUACUGUACCACCUGAUCAGAGAGUACCAGUCUUCUUGGUGGUGAUGUUCUGGACUAUGAUGCUGAAUGGUCCUUUACCCAGAGCCCUGCAGAAUUCGGAGCACCCAACUCUCCAGGCGAGCGCCUGUGAUGCCCUGUCUUCCAUCUUGCCAGAGGCCUUCAGCAGUCUGCCGGUAAUGUAAGGGUGUUUUCUCACCCUUAAAUCAUGGCUGGAGCACCAGAGCUAGAAUUUGAUGCUUUUGCAUUUUGAACCAGUAUUCAGCAUCAUCUCUGACGAAAAGGUGCUAAUU